GGGAAUGUCGUAUCAAUGAGCAGGUUUGUUUUCGUGGGUGUAUCGAUCGUCACCUGCUAGGCAGCAGUGACGCAAAAGGUCUAAUGGCUUGCUGGAAUCUCAGUCCCGGGUUGUUUGUCACUUUACCAUGGCGCCGUCGAUCGCGGAAAAAGUCGCCUUUUUUAGGGAGUUGGACAGGCUGGAUUGUGUGAGUGAUGGCGAGGAUGAGGAAUUCCAUCGUCUGGUGAAUCUAUUGGAGAAUAAGCCGUGUGUGAAGUCUCAUCCGGUUACGAGUUCGCCUAUAAGAGGUCCUACGGCGCCGUCGAGGGCUUCUACAGAGCCGAGUCCUGCUUCUGCGACGGUGUCUGGCAUUGAUGUCGAUGAAGGAACUGAUCUAGCUAUAUAUGACAAGAAACAACAGGGGGUUGUGACGAAGGCGACUUUCACCGACGCGAUGCCUCCGAAAGCAAAGAUGGAAGCUGCUUCUAAAAAGAAGCGCAAGUCUUUCCAUUUGUCGACCCCGGUAGCGGUAGAACGGCAAUUAUUCAAGGGUCUUGUUUUUUUCUUCUUCCCUAACAACGAUAUAUCGCCGAUCCGACGAAUUCGCAUUCAUCGAGCGCAGGACUAUGGCGCUUCAUGGGCAAGGGAGUUGGAUGACACUGUUACCCAUGUUAUUGUCGACAAGAACUUGACGUACCAAGAUGUUCUGAAACAUCUGGGUCCAGAGAGCCUUUGGGACAAGAUCGCUCUUGUCAACGAGACAUACAGCCCCGAUUGUAUAUAUUUCCGUCAACUCCUGAGCCCAACUCGAUCGCGAUUUCGUGUGAGGGGUUUUCCUGUUCCUUCAGACCCGAAAGAAGCGCCACCGGUGAACGAGCCGUCGUCGAUCAGGUCGCUGCCGAUAAAGGCAACCCGAAAGGGGAAUCAUCAUGAAGUCGAAACCCAAAGCUCGGAAGAUGAGGACAGUGAUGUGCCUGAGCCGCUAUUCAAUGGACUCACCGAAGAUGCCGGUGUCGCCCAGGUCGCUCAGAGCCCCCAGGUCGUUCCUGCACCGAAGCGGGCACGCGAUGCUUUGGAUGACUUGAUUGAGGAGGCCAAGGCCCUGAAGCAAUUGCCACUGGAAAUGGAUUCCGAUAAGGAGGAAAAUACAGCCGAGGCAUCCGAUAGCGAGACCUCCGAUUCAUCAGGCUCCCGGCCAGUCAAGAAGAAAAGGAAGGCGAUCGAAAAGGGCGAUGAAGGGGAGAAUGCCUGGCAACAGAAGUUCGCGUGUAUGCAGAAGCACGAUUCGAAAUCGAACUCGGAGAACCCCAACAGCAGGACCAUCGUCGUUCUCCAGCAAAUGCUGGACUACUACGCGAGAACCGACGACUAUUGGCGUGUGCUUGCAUAUCGCAAGGCCAUCAGUGCCCUUCGGAAUCAGCCAAGAAAGAUUGUCACCAAAUCUCAGGCCCUGGCUAUUCCAGGGAUUGGAGAGCGGCUGGCAGACAAGAUCGAGGAGAUCGUGUGUACAAACCGUCUCCGCCGCCUGGAAAACGCAACCACCACACCCGAAGACCGGACGCUCCAACUAUUCUUGGGUGUCUAUGGGGUCGGAGCAAUCCAGGCGUCGAAAUGGCUGGCCCAAGGGUACAGGUCGUUGGAGGACCUGAGGACCAAAGCGCCCCUGACCCAACAACAGCGGAUCGGCGUGGACCAUUACGACGAUUUCUCCCAGCGAAUCCCAAGACGGGAGGUCGAAGCCCAUGGGGAUAUCGUACGGAAGGCAAUCCAAAGGUUUGAUUCUAAGAUGCAGGUCAUCAUCGGGGGCUCCUAUCGGCGUGGGGCAGCCGACUGCGGUGAUAUCGACCUAAUUAUUACCAAGCCCGAUGCGCAGAUCGACCAGAUCAGAACCAUAGUGCUGGCUCUUGUAGUCCCAAGGCUCUUUAAGCAAAAGUUUCUGCAGGCCAGCUUAGCCAGCACGUCUCGGGAUGGGUCCAAAUGGCACGGGGCGUCCAUGCUCCCAGGCGGUCGCCUCUGGCGACGUAUCGAUCUGCUGUUCGUGCCGGACUCGGAGAUCGGAGCGGCAUUGAUUUACUUCACCGGAAAUGACAUCUUCAAUCGUAGUAUGAGGCUGCUCGCAAGCAAAAAAGGCAUGCGGCUCAAUCAACGAGGUCUCUAUACGGACGUGCUACGCGGACCACAGCGGGCUAAGCUGACGGAGGGCCGGCUACUCGAGGCGCGCGAUGAGCGGCGAAUCUUCGCGAUCCUGGGAGUUCCCUGGCGGCCUCCCGAGCAUCGCAUCUGCUGAUGUGCCCGAAGUUUUCGUGUCGCGGGGGACACGUCGAGCAGAAACGGCUGACGGGUGACAGAUAAUAUUCGGACUGCCGGGAGGGUCUGGUGGCUUUGCAUUUUGCUUUUGUGGGUUGCUAGACCGACUUCUCUCCAUGCGUCAGACGGCUGUAGGUAUGGCGGUAGCCGCGAGGAGGCCUGAAAUUCCCGCAACCAGAGGGUUUUGGGGGAAGUGGGUGUGUCAGACAGGUGACGGGGAAUGCAACUACUGUGGCACGCAUUACAGGUGUAUCGGACUGCUGCUUAUCGGAGAGGGGCCGAUUUGAAAAGGCGGUCACAACUAGGCGCGCGAUUCAUGUAUCAGUGACUUGGAAGCAUGGAAGGACGGAAGAG